AUGGCCCCCAAGCCAAACCCGCUACCUCUGAGCGACACGCUACGCGAUCUUGCCUUACUCCGUGCUUCCGACCUCGAUUUGUCGACAGUUCUGCCGCCAUCUGCUAUGACCAGUGCCUUGGCUGGAGGGGACGCAGCUAUCCCCGACUCCGAUGCAGCGAGCGGCAGCGUGAACGAUGCGGUGAAGCGAUCGUACGAGUUCGCACAGGAAGCGCGGAUGGUCCUCCGGCUGCUGAACCGAGGGAAAGUGGAGAAGCAGGGAAGCAGGGUGGAGGAUGUCAGGAGCAAGCUGGAGGACGUCUUGCAGGGAUUGGAUCCGACGGGGCGGUCCAUCACACAUUACGUGGCAAAGUAG